AUGCCAGUCGAGCUCCGUAAGCGCAAGGAAGCGCCCCCAGCGCCAGUGCGCGCGACGAAGAAGAAGGCGCCCGCCAAGGACAAGAAACCCGAGGAGGAAAAGACCGUCAUCGAAAAGGUCCAAGACGCCGUUACUGAGCAGGUCGAGGCUGUCAAGGAAGCUGUUGUCGGUAAGAGCAACGGCGAGUCUGCUGCCGCUGCAGCGCCGGCAAAGAGCGGCCCACCCAAAGUCGGCGACACGAUUGACCUCGCGUCCUUCGGCGGGGAAAUUGAGACGAAUGAUGGAGACAAGACGACACUUGCGAAGCUUGUAGAAGAGAGCAAGGGCGGUGUUGUACUGUUCACCUACCCCAAGGCUUCGACGCCAGGAUGCACGAAACAAGCCUGCCUCUUCCGUGACUCGUACGAUCCACUCACCGCAACCGGAUAUUCCAUUUACGGUCUGUCAGCCGAUAGCCCCAAAGCCAACACAACCUUCAAGACCAAACAGAAGCUUCCCUACACCCUGCUCUGCGACCCUUCUCAGAGCCUCAUCUCAGCCAUCGGAUUCAAGAAGCCACCAAAGAGCACGACGCGCGGUGUCUUUGUUGUCGACAAGGAGGGCAAGGUGCUGGCAGCCGAACCUGGUGGUCCAGCAGCUACGGUCGACGUCGUGAGGGACCUUGUGGGUAACAAAGAGGGCGUGCCGAGUAAAGAGGACGCAGAGGAGGCUGAGAAGAAGGAAGAUCACGAAAUGGCGGAGACGGCUGAUGAGGUCGCUGAUAGCGCGGCAAAGGUGGACAGCAACGAGGCUUGA